AUGCCCCAUCGGCCAACCAAGGAAGAACUUCUGGCCGCGGCCAAUGGGUUCUGGGAUAGAUCUAAGGUUCGACUAAAGUGGAUGUCAAUCAGGAGCAUGAGACCCUGGAAUGCUGAUGAAUGGGGUGCAUUUGUAUCAUGGUUCAUGCUGGGUCACAUUGUCUGGAUUCUUUUGGGGACUACGACCUUCUUCUCCAUCGUCAUCCUUUCCAUCAACACCGUACUUGCUCAAGAAACCCUGGCCCAGUGGAUUGGCGACUACCUGACUCAAUCUGCCGGUAUCACAGUCAUCUUCGAGUCUGCCAUUGUCCCCAAAUGGGGCGAUGGCGUCAUUUCCUUUCGAAAUGUGUUUGUCUCUCGCCGGCCAGGCCAAGGCGAAUCGUCGGUCAGCAAGGGAUCCUCAGAUGCCGCCGCGGUUGCCGCCGCAGACCGACUGGCAAAACCAGAUAGCUCCGCUGAAGAAGACGACGGCAACUACACCCAAUUUGAUGUAACCAUUGCAACUGUCAAUGUUACAUUGUCUUUUCUAAACUGGUGGAAUGGGAAAGGCCUCUUGCAAGACGUUGAGGUCAAGGGCGUUCGAGGCGUUAUCGACCGAACCUCCGUGGUCUGGCCCCAACAGUUACUCCCCCCGUUGUCUUACCGCCACGAACAUCAACCCGGAGACUUUGAGAUUGAAAAAUUCAAGAUGGAGGAUCUCUUGCUCACCGUUCAUCAACCUGCUGGCUUCCGUCCAUUUUCAGUCAGCAUCUUCUCAUGCGAGCUGCCACAACUGCGAAAACAGUGGCUCUUUUACGAUUUUCUCUCUGCCAACCACAUGUCUGGCUCCUUCGAUGGCUCGCUAUUCACGAUCCAUCCUCGACAGGUUCAUGGUGUCGUUCCCAGUCAAGAUCAAGCCUCGGUAUUGGGAUUUGGGGACCCCAAGGCUUGGAAGAAGUUCAGUAGACUUCGAAUUGAUGGCCUGAAGAUUGACCAUCUCAACCGCGGGGUUGAGGGACCCUUUGGGUGGAUCUACGAGGGGAACGUCGACAUUGUGGCAGAUGUCAUGUUCCCGGCUGAUACUGACGAGGGAAUUACCAAGGUCAUGACGGACUUUUAUGAUCAACUUGAAGAAGUCGUCAUCCAGAAUCGUCACCGAUUUCUCAGGAACGUUAGAGAGCAAGCUCCUGCGCUCCUCACCUCCGGUCACCUCGCAGACUCUGGUCUGGACCAGAGCGAGGAUCUACCGGAGACGACACCCCUCGACGACGAACGUCGGUAUCUGAUCAUGGACCUCCGCAUUCACAUGAACGAUGUCAAAGCCGCGGUGCCCUUGUUCACCAAGGAUAUGUCAUACGUGAACCAGGCCCUGGUGCGCCCCAUUGUGGCAUACAUCAAUGCGAAGAAGACCUACAUUCCGAUUGGCUGCCGCAUCGUCAAGCGAGCUAGCGACUUUGAAGGCAGCUGGUCCAUCUUUGACUGCGGACUCAUGAAUGACAUGUCCGCCGAGACUUACGUGGCCUUUGCCAAGGACGUCGAGGACCAGCAAAGUCGCGUCCGACGAUUCAAGAAGGUCGGUUUCUGGACGCUAUCUCUAGCCGUCCACGCCCUCUUCAUGGGAAUGGCGGGCAACGUCGUUUGA